UCGUAACUAAUGUAUGUCAUUUGACAAGUCAGUCUGACCCUCUUGACACAUUAUAAAAGGGACCGCACUUAUCACUGUGUGGUGCAUUUCUUUGUUUCGUUCAGUGAAAAGCAGACAUGGAAUUGAUUGCUCUUGUAACAUUUCUUGGGCUAAUUUAUGGCAGCAGAGGGCAACUCGCUCCGCCUGAUGAUUCUUGCGGUCAGACUAGUUUCAGCCCAAAUCCGUUUUUAGCUAGUUACAUAGUUGGAGGACAAGAAGCUAGCUCUGGAGAUUUCCCAUGGCAGGUGGGAUUGAUAGAAUAUGAUGCACAAGGAAGCGGCUACCUGAUAUGCGGAGGAAGUAUGGUGAAGAAGGAUGGUGUAAUCAAGGUCAUAACUGCCGCCCACUGCUUGAAUGGAAAAAAACCGGAUCCAAGCAUGUAUGCAGUUGUCUUUGGUAUGCACAAAACCACAGACACAAAUGGUCGGAAGAUCGUCGGGGCAGCCUCAAUAACUGUAAAUGCUAAUUAUAACACACGCACUAUGUCAAACGACAUUGCUAUUAUAGAAUUUCCAAGCGGUACUACUGUCAAUGGAACUUUUGCUGCACCAAUAUGCUUACCAACGCAAGAACACUAUCACAAUGAAGAUAGUCUUGUAUCUGGUUGGGGUACAACAAGUUCAGGAGGUUCGUCGUCAUCAACUUUACAGUAUGUAUGGAAGCCACUCCUGAGCAGGGUUAAAUGUGAGGCAACCAGAAAUGGAGGUCAUCUUGACGACACCAUGUUGUGUGCGGGUGUGUAUGGUAAAGACGCCUGUCAGGGAGACUCUGGAGGUCCUCUUGUUGCCUACAGGAAUAAUAAGUGGGAACUAGUAGGUGUGGUGAGCUGGGGCUUUGGCUGUGGUGAUGAAAAUGCACCAGGCGUGUAUGCAAACGUGUAUUACCUGUUGUCCUGGAUAAAUAGUAAUUUGUGAUGUGUCUGACAUGUCCGAAACGUAUUAAUCCGAAUGACAGACGGAAAAUAUAAUUAUUUUUUAAAAAGA